AUGUCACCUACUUCCGUUGUAACCACUGCAUCCUUUCAGGAAACAACGCCCAUAGAGUCAGACUUCGGAACAGAGAAAGUAGUGUAUCCUGAAUCGUAUCUUGAUAAUCUUGAUAUCCAUCCUCCAUCAU